CCUAUAACAAGCCAGCAUCCAGAGGAAGUCCCGCCCCCCCUUCACUGCUGGCUGGUUGCCGGGGCAACCGAACGCUGACCUGGAUCCGAGGAAGGAGCGCGUGCAGCAGAGAUGUCAGAAGCCGCCAAGGACAAGGCUGCCCGCCUGCUGAAGAAGAGGGGAAGCGUAUCAUCACUUGGCAGCCAUGACGUGAGAUCCAGGGACAACCUGAACAAGCCCAAGGAAUCCCGAGACUCUAUGAGCACGGUGUCUUAUAUCGAUGAGCCGGGACACCAUGAUGACGUACACCGUCCGGCCGUGCAGAUGGAAAAUACGUAUCAGUUAGGCCCCGGGAGGCGCUUUCCUGUAGCCACAGUGAACAAUAUUCUGAAGGACGUCCUGACCAGUUAUCUUCAGGAGGAGAAGUAUGAAGCCGAAUUAUGUAGACAGAUGACGAAGACCAUUUCAGAGGUAGUUAAAGCCAGAGUGAAGGACCUGAUGAUCCCGCGAUAUAAAAUAAUCGUCCUCAUCUACAUCGGACAGCUGAACGAUCAGGGGAUGCGGGUUGGCAGCCGGUGUAUCUGGGACCCGGCGAACGACACCUUUGCCUCCUACACCUUUAGGAACAGCUCCCUGUUUGCUCUGGCUAAUGUCUACGGCGUUUAUUACGAGUAGGAAGAAGGCGCUGCAGAGAGGAUCGCUAACCUGGUCGCCGCAGUGCCUGCUGGGACUUGUAGUUUCAUGAUCAGUUGGUCCCUUUUCCUGCCUCUAAACUAGAAUGUGUUUCAAUUUAACACUGGGAACCAGAGGAUAUUUACAGAGAUUAUUCUCUUUGCUCAUAUCUGUUGGUUUUUGCCUUUUUUUUUUUUUUUUACAAGUAUAUUUAUUUUGUGAAUAUUAUGAACA